AUUACUUUCAGGUCAUUUCCAUCAUAAAGCUUUUUAGAGAUGGCGUUAGGACUUGGAGGAGGGUUCUCGUUCGGAGCACCAAGUGCAAAUGCACAACAACAGCAACCACAAACGCAAAGUCUGUUUGGAGCAUCUACCAAUCAGCAACAACAACAACCUCAAACGCAAGGUCUUUUUGGAGCAUCUACCAAUCAACAACAACAACAGCCUCCAAAGCCACAAGGUUUGUUUGGAUCAUCUACCACUCAACAACAACCAUCUGGAAGUCUGUUCGGCAACCCCACUCAGCAGCAAGGUGCACCACAGCAACAGCAGCAGCAGGGAAGCUCACUCUUCGGUGCGCCAGCCUCUGGAAAUACUGGAUCUUCUUUAUUUGGAUCACAACAACCAGCUCAGCAGCCGCAACAGCAACAACAACAAACGGGAGGCGGUCUAUUUGGUUCUGCCCCUAAACCAUUCGGUCAGCCAACACAAAACCCAUUAACGCUUUCACAGCUAGGUGGAUCAACAUCGUAUAGCUUGCAACAAUCUAAACCUGGCUUGUUUGGAAAUUCAAGUGUUGCUCCUGAUGGAGGGGCAAGUGGUGGCCCGAACAAGAGGCUGGGAAUACCUAUCAACGAUAAAUUGGAAAUGAUUCGUGCUGCUUGGGACGUUCAAAAUAUUCAAACAUGUCAUUUCUUGUACUACUUUUAUAAUUCUCUUCCACCAAAUAUGCCACAGCUGGCAGAAGAAGCUGCACGGAAUCCGAAUUUUGGAAGACGGCAAGAUGCACUGGGACCAAAGCAUGAUGCUUUGUGGUUGCAAACUUUACGUGAAAAUCCUGAUCGGUCGAAACUUGUACCCGUCUUGGCAGUAGGUUUCGAAGACCUUAAAACGAGAAUGGAUCUGCAAGAAGCAGAAGCUGCACGUCAGAGCACAAAGCUUGUCGAAUUGCAAAAACGAUUGGAUGAUUUGACUUCAAAGCAUAGUCUUUCGAAUAGCGUACGAAUCUCUGCCAUCAGUCGUAAACAAACAACGUUGCAUCAUCGAUUAAUCGGAUUGGCAAAACGUAUUCAUCUUUUGAUACCCGCUUUGCGUGGUCAUAGUAUCACAUAUGGAGAGGAACAAUUGAAAAAUCUUUUGCAUAUCUGCGAAACGGAAUUGGAGUCAAUCUCUUCGAUGGCCGCCAAUCAGGCUCCAGAUGGAAGAAGUUCGCAAGCUCAACAUCGUUUGCGUGGAAGGAUUAAUGAGCUAUGGGCUUUGUUGGGUACCCUAAAGUCUAAACGUGAAGCUGCAAGAUCAGCAAAUGACGGAAAUGCUCCAUUGGAAUGGGCCGUUGUGGAUGAGAGCGCUAUAGAAGAUGUUGUAAAGAUUUUAGCUUCUCAACAACAAGGUUUAGAUCAUAUCAGCUCAACCGUUCAAAACGAUACAAAGGUUUUGGAUACGAUCAUCAAAGGUUUAGAAGGAGUAGAGCUUGUCGGAGUAAAGUGAUACUGUCUUUUCAAUAUGAUGACAUUACGUUAUACAUGAUUGUGAGAGUAUAUGUACAUAUGAGAAUC